GUCCAAACGCAGAGGAAGAGGGCUUGUCUCUUCCAGCAUCAUCAGUUUCCAUCACAUCACUCCUCUGCACACUACAAACUGGAUUAACACCAGACAUUUCCUCUUGUAUUGACGUCUAACGCCAGAAUGUCUGACAAGAGUGAGUUGAAGGCUGAACUUGAGAGAAAGAAACAACGGAUCGCACAGAUUCGGGAGGAGAAGAAGAGAAAAGAAGAGGAGAAGAAAAAGAAGGAUGUGGAUUCAAAACGUGGGGGUGAGGCGUCCGGUCAUGAAGACUCAGACCUUGAAAGGAAAAGGAGAGAGGCAGAGGCUUUGUUGCAGAGUGUUGGCAUCACUCCUGACAUACCACAUGUCCCCGCCCCCAUGUCUCCCUCCAACAAAUCAGUGGGCAGCGACGCAGGAAGCCAAGACUCUGGGGAUGGCAACGCAGGACCAAGACGUGGAGCGGUGAGGCUGGGUAUGUCUAAAGUGACCCAAGUGGACUUUGCUCCUAAAGAACUGGUGUCCUACUCUAAAGAGACUCAGACCCCAACCGAAGCACAUACUGAUCAAAAAGCAGAAGAUGAUGAUGAAGAGGAGAUAACGGCUCCUCCUCCAUCAGAGGAUACUCAAGAGGAGAAAGGUGACCAGGGAGAUCACCAAGAAGAAGAUACGCCCAAAGAGCUGACAGAGGAGGAGAAGCUGCAGGUCUUGCACUCAGAGGAGUUUGUGUCGUUUUUUGAGCGCGGCAGCAGAAUUGUUGAGAGAGCUUUAGCUGAACAAGUUGAUGUCUGCUUUGACUACAGUGGGAGGGACUUGGAUGAUAAGGAGGGGGAGCUGCAAGCCGGGGCAAAGCUAGUUGUGACCAGAGAGUUUGCAGAUGAGCGCUGGACUAAAAACAGAGUGGUCACCUGUCUGGACUGGUCCCCACAGUAUCCCGAGCUGCUGGUGGCCUCGUAUAACAACAACGAAGAUGCCCCCCAUGAGCCUGAUGGAGUGGCUCUGGUCUGGAAUAUGAAGUACAAAAAGGGGACACCGGAGUACAUCUUCCAUUGCCAGUCUGAAGUUAUGUCAGCGGGUUUUGCAAAAUUUCAUCCCAAUCUGGUAGUGGGUGGGACAUAUUCAGGACAGAUAGUUCUAUGGGACAAUCGAAGCAACAAGCGUACACCAGUGCAGAGAACUCCCCUGUCUGCAGCAGCACACCAGCACCCAGUGUACUGCGUGAAUGUGGUGGGCACGCAAAAUGCAAACAAUCUGAUCAGUAUUUCCACUGAUGGCAAGAUGUGCUCCUGGAGCCUGGACAUGCUCUCCCAGCCACAGGACAGUUUGGAGCUGGUGUUCAAACAGAGCAAAGCAGUGGCCGUCACCUCCAUGGCUUUUCCGCUGGGAGACGUCAACAAUUUUGUGGUGGGAAGUGAAGAUGGCUCUGUCUACACGGCCUGUCGCCAUGGAAGUAAGGCGGGCAUUACUGAGGUGUUUGAGGGCCACCAUGGUCCCGUGACGGGCCUGAGCUGUCACAGUGCUGCGGGGCCGGUGGAUUUCUCCCAUCUCUUCAUAUCCUCGUCAUUCGACUGGACUGUGAAACUGUGGAGUACAAAGAGCACUCGUCCACUGUACUCAUUCGAGGACAGCUGUGAUUAUGUGUACGAUGCCAUGUGGUCACCUACUCACCCUGCGCUGUUCGCUUGUGUGGACUUGUCCGGACGCUUGGAUCUUUGGAACUUGAACAAUGAUACUGAAGUCCCUACUGCAAGUGUGUCUGUAGAGGGGGCUCCCGCUCUCAAUCGUGUCAGAUGGGCUCACUCAGGCAAAGAAAUAGCCACAGGAGAUUCUGAAGGGAGGGUGCAGGUUUAUGAUGUUGGAGAGCAAAUUUGUGUGCCUAAAGCUGAUGAGUGGACACGGUUUGUCAGAACACUGGCAGAAAUCAACGAGAAUCGAGAUGAAGCAGAGGAGCUGGCCAAUGCCUAAUGCUAUAAACCUACAAUAGCUCUGUAUAGUACACUAAACACUAAGCACACUGCACACUGACUGAGGACCCUACUCUGCUUUUAUCUUCACUUUGAACUGGCCUGAGAAGUGCAGUGAUAUGAAUUAGAAAGGAUUUGAAUGUGUGUCUAGGGAUUAUGCUUAAAACUGUAACUGUUUUUAUUGUUGACCUUGUAAAGAUUAGUAUUGGUAAGUAAAAUAUUUGAAAGUGAUGCCAUCUAAUGUACGAAUGCUACAAGACCCUCAGGACCUUACAUACCACUCCUCUGCUAAAGAAUGAAUCAAUCUUCUUUUUUUAACUUGUGCAAACCUUUGUACUUGGCACCUUUUAUUUCAUUAUUGCAGGUUUUGCUUUUGUUUAACCAUUUCCUCAGUGUUAACUACCACUGAAAUAGUAUAUCACUACUCUGAACUAAACAGUAAUAUGUGUAUAAUUUCAUACAUUUUAAUAACUUAUUUAUUUAUGUAUGUUUUUUUGUUUAUUCCAUAACAUUUAGAUGGUAGAUUCCUAAAAUUAAAGUAAGUUUUGUGUAGUAUUAUUUGUUUUUAAAUAUAUAUUUAUAUGAACUGAUUUGCAAUUUGUUUCAACAUCUUGAGAGUACAUAUUCUGAUUUCUUGUGAAAUCUGAUGUCAGUUUCGGGUCAAAUAAAUACUUAAUUACUUUUCUCAAUUAGUAGCUGGUAAUUAGUACAGGAGUAAGUUAUUUUACUCUACAACCAAACCUGUUUUGGGCAGCCAUUUCCAAAUACAUCAGAAUUGUAACCGAACUUACUGUAAAGUCAUUUCAGCUUUAUUCCUUCCACACAGCAUUGUGAUAUUGAAACAAAAAUAUAAACUGAAAAUACUUUG